AUGGUGCGGCUUCCCCUUGUUCUCAAAAUCAAAGUUCCCAAAUCCAUAAUCAUGGCCAAAUCCAAGAACCGACACGAAAAACAUUCCUCCAAGCCUCCCCCUUUUGGGCCCACGAACUCUGCCAAGAAACGGGCCCAAGCUCAAGCCCAAGCCCAACCACCACUCGAAACCCAAGAGUACGAAAACGCCCUUUGCUCCGUCUGCAUGGAGUUCCCCCACAAUGCCGUUCUCCUCCUCUGCUCCUCCCACGAAAAGGGCUGCCGCCCUUUCAUGUGCGCCACCAGCCACCGCCACUCAAACUGCCUCCACCAAUACAAAAAGGCGGCAGCCUACUCCUCUGUGGGCCCCACUUCACCUCCCGAGCUCUUGUGCCCACUCUGCCGCGGAGCGGUCAAGGGUUGGACCGUCGUGGGGCCCGCGCGCCGCCACCUGGACGCCAAGCGCCGCUCGUGCACGAAGGACAGCUGUCAUUUCAGGGGAAACUACCGAGAGCUGAGGAGGCACGCGAAAAUCGAGCACCCGUUAGUUCGACCUCGGGAAGUGGACCCCGCGAGGGCCGCCAGGUGGCAGAGGCUGGAGGACGAACGGGCCGUCGAAGAUGUGCUGAGCACUAUUCGGUCGACUAUGCCGGGAGCUGUAGUGGUGGGGGAUUAUGUGAUGGAGAGGGAUUACUAUCACUAUCGAGGUGGGCUUCAUCACGGGCCUUCGGGUGGUCGGGCCCGUGUGGGUUUGCUUGCUGCAAGGCAGACAGGGAGGUUAAGAGGUCUGGCUGCGUUGCAGAUUUGA